AACCCGGCGUGUCGGGGUCGGUUGGCGUCAUGGAAGUGGUGAAGUGUCCGGACCACGGGACUGUCUGCUUCUUAAAGACCGGCGUCCGCGAUGGCCCGAAUAAGGGAAAGAGCUUCUACGUGUGCCGGAAGAACACAUGCGGCUUCGUGCUAGCCACCGAUAUUCCUGUUUCUCAUUGUUUAUUGCAUGAGGACUUCAUGGUAGAGCUUCAGGGCUUGUUUCUGUCACAGGGCAAGAAAGAAUGGAGGUUGUUCUUCCGGUGUACUGGAAGCAAGGCGAAGGGGAAGCAUUGGUGUGGGGAUGUCCCAUGGCAGGAUCCUAAUCCUAGAGACCAUCAUGGAGCCAGCAAGCCUCCGCAGGCAUCUGAGUUAUUUUCUCAUUCUCCCAGCCAGCCAAGAAACCCAUUCAAGGUGCUUAACAGUAAUGAAAAAGCAGCUCUCAGGAAGCAGUUGGUCACAGGAAAAGGUGAGGGAAAGGCAGCUGAUAAGAAGCUGAGAGAAAACGAAGACCAGCUCUGGGAUCAAAAGAAAGAACAGAAACCCAAGUCUAACUGCAGCGUGGAGAAAGACCCCUCCGGUGACCUGGUGACAGAAAGACAGUCUGGUGUCAGGAAAGACUCCUCCUCUGACCUGGUGACAGAAAGACAGUCUGGUGUCAGGAAAGAACAAGAGGAGAAAGCAAAGUUUCAGCCCCAAACUAAGAAGACUGAAGGAAUGGCUUCCAAACAAGGCCAUGGAGAUGUGCUCCAACGAACAUGCGUGGUUCCUCAGAAGUCAAAGAGCGAAAGUCGAGAUGUCCCAAACAUGCCAGAACCUCUGAGAGGAAAGGAAACCCAGUCUUUACUUCAGAAGGUUCCUGGUCAGAACCAAAGCAAGGCCCAGAAAGAAGGACACUUCAGCAGGGAGCAGCUCAGGAAUGGGGAGGCCCAAAGCAGAACAGGGACAGAUGCCCCCAGUGCACAGGCCUCCCGGGAAGGAGCUCCUAGGCUUUGCUUGCGGGAGGUCUACCAUGCUGUCUCCAGCAGCGAUGAUAGUGAGGAAGAAGAUGGUGUAUCCAGUAGGCCAGAGUCCCCACUUCUCUUUGACUUGCCUGUGGACUCCCAGAAUGGGGGGAACCUUCACCUUUCUGAUCAGUGUGUGCAAAGACAGAUACCUGCUGCCUCAGGUGUCUCCAAGAAGGGAGAGUCUUCUGACCCAGCAGCCCAGCGUGCAAACCUUAUAACACAGUUGAGACAAAAGAAGGGCACACUGGCUGCAGUGAAUAUCCAGGCUCUCCCUGACAAGGGUGAGAAGUUGCUGAAGCAAAUCCAGGCGUUGGAGGACGACCUCAAUGCCCUGGCUCUCUCUCCAGAGCAAGGAGCUAAGGAGAACUGUAGCUCUCAGGAACCACAGCAGAGUGACCGCACCAAAACCGAUGCUGACCCUCCGCGCUUCGUGCCUCCCCAGCCCCUUCCCACUCAGGAUGGCCAGCUUGCAGGCUCUCUAGGACUAAAGGCAGGCCGCCAGGUCACUGCUGAAGGAUCAAGCCAGCGCUCAAUAGGCCAUAUGAACCAGCAUCGCCUUCAUAAUACAUGGAAGAUCACAUGGAUCACAAGUAGAGCCAUUAACGAACUGCAUCAGUCACUGGAGUCUUGUCCUGACGAGACAGCAGUGGCAGAAGACCCAGCUGGCUUGAAAGUCCCUUUGCUUCUCCACCAGAAGCAGGCAUUAGCCUGGUUACUGUGGCGGGAAAGUCAGAAGCCACAAGGAGGGAUUCUGGCGGAUGAUAUGGGCUUAGGAAAAACCCUGACAAUGAUCGCACUCAUCCUAACCAAGAAGAAUCAGAAAAGCAAGGAGAAGGACAAAAGCGUGGACUUUAUUGCUCUUCUCUCUCAAGACUCCUCUGUUUUUACCUCCAACGGAACACUAAUUGUCUGCCCCGCUUCCCUGAUCCAUCACUGGAAGAAUGAGGUAGAGAAACAUGUGCACAGCAACAGACUCAGAAUCUGUCUCUACCAUGGGCCAAACAGAAGUCGGCAAGCCAAAGAGUAAGCUCUCUACUAUGACAUCGUGAUUACUACUUACAGCCUUCUGGCCAAGGAGAUUCCCACAGCGAAGGAAGAGGGAGACGUCCCAGGUUUCAAACUCAGUGUGGAGGGCAUCUCAGCACCUUUGCUUCAAGUAGUCUGGGCUCGAAUCAUAUUAGAUGAAGCUCAUAACGUGAAGAACCCUCGAGUUCAGGCAUCCAUCGCUGUGUGUAAGCUACAAGCUCAAGCCCGGUGGGCUGUCACAGGAACCCCCAUUCAGAACAACCUAUUGGAUAUGUAUUCACUAAUGAAGUUUCUCCGCUUCCCGUUUGAUGAGUUCAGUUCUUUGAAGAGUCAGGUUGACAAUGGUUAAGAAGGAGGAGAACGGUUAAGCAUUUUAACCAGAAGCCUUGCUGAGGAGACAAAGACCAACCUGGAUUCCACCGCAAAACCUUUGAUUCCAUUGGUUUACAGAGCUUCCUCCUCCCAUUCCAGGUGCCGCUUGCCCCAGCGUAGAUUUCAGCUGCACCGUUUAACACUUUCUGAGGACGAACAGGAUGUUUAUGACGUCUUUCUUGCAUGGUCCAGGUCAGCUCUGCAGUCCUAUCUAAAGAGACACGAAGGAAGAGGCAGCCAUCCUGGAAGAAGCCCUGAUAAUCCAUUCAGUAGAGGUAAGCCAGAGUUCGGGUCCGGUGUGCCCCAGUGCUCCACUCCAGCAGACUCACAGAGACCCAGCACCGUUACGUCCGUGUCCCAGCUUCUGCGACUUCGCCAGUGCGCCUGCCACCUCUCUCUGCUGAAGUCGGCCCUGGACCCAACAGCUGAGAGUGAAGACCUCAGCCUGUCCCUGGAAGAGCAGCUCAGCGCUCUGACCCUGUCCCAAGUUGAGGUCUCAGAGUCGUCACCCACUGUGUGUCUUAAUGGGCGAGUACGUCAACGUGGAGCUUUUACAGACACACGAAGGAGCACCAAGGUGUCUUAUCUGCUGGCAGAACUGGAUGCAAUCGGAAAAGGCCCAGGGUUCCAAAAGAGUGUCAUUGUCUCCCAGUGGACCAGCAUGCUGCAAGUAGUAGCUCUGCACCUCAGAGCACGGACUGACUUCGCCGCCAUUGACGGCUCCGUCAACCCCAAGCAUAGAAUGGACCUGGUGGAGGCGUUCAACCACUCCCAGGAGCCUCAGGUCAUGCUAAUCUCCCUCUUGGCUGGCGGUGUGGGACUCAAUCUGACCGGAGGGAACCAUCUCUUCCUUUUGGACAUGCACUGGAACCCCUCGCUUGAAGACCAAGCUUGUGACCGGAUCUACAGAGUAGGACAGAAGAAGGAUGUCGUCAUACACAGGUUCGUCUGUGAGGGGACAGUGGAAGAGAAGAUCUUACAGCUCCAAGAAAAAAAGAAACAUUUGGCCAAACAAGUCCUAUCGGGAUCUGGAGCAUCUGUCACCAAGCUCACGCUGGCUGACCUCAAGAUCCUCUUUGGUAUCCUAGCUUCCUCUGCUGGUGCUGGUGUGCGCUAGCUCUGGGGUGGUGCUUUUCAUGAUCCUGGAGCCUUAGAUCUCAUUUUACCUAAACUGAGGCAUACUCCUAUGCCGUGAUCGAGGGAGGCCACCGUGUUAAACAGGUUAGUCCAUCAUGUUUAUGUUUAUUACUCCACUAGUUUAAUGUGUGCCAUAGAAACCAGUAGGGUUAGUUCAGAUUUGAACCUAGCAUGUGGGUGCAUGCCUAUAAUUCCAGCCCGUUGUGAAACAAGCGGAUGGAGAGUUCCAGGCCAACCUGAGGUAGAGACUCUCAAGACCAAACACAGAAGUGCUUGGAAGCCAGUCAUAGUCAAUAAUUAUAUUUCCAGCACUCAAGAGGCUGUGGCAGGAUUGUGAGUUAGAGGCCAGCUUAUGCUACAGGGUAAAUUCCAGGCCUACCUGGGCUACAGAAUGAACCAAGUCUUUAAAAAAACCAAACCAAACCAAUGAAAAGCUUUGGCGUUAGAUGGUCUGGAAGAACUGUACAAAUGCGUUGGUAGAGGGCUGGAGAGAUGGCUCAGGCUGUUAAGAGCAUUGCCUGCUCUUCCAAAGGUCCUGAGUUCAUUCCCAGCAACCACAUGGUUAGCUUACAACCAUCUGUAAUGGGGUCUGGUUUCCCUCUUCUGCCUGCAGGCGUACCACAGAAUAUUGUUUACAUAAUAAAUAAAUAAAUAAAUGCGUUGGUAAAGCUCGACAAUCCAUCACAGGCCUGGUGACAAAUGCCCAUAAGCCCAGCACUUUGGAGGUAAAGGCAAGCAGCUCUUGAGUCUGAGGUUCUUUGGCAGCCUUAAUUACAUGGUGAGACCCUGUCUUGUCAAACAGCCACAAAGCCCUGUGUUGCCACCUCAGCUGAUAGGAGACCUGAUCCUCAUUACCUUUACUAUGUAGGCUCUGUGCUGUCCUUCUUACUGGCAGGCCUGCUCCUCGUAAGCCUCUGAGCAAAAAAGGGAAGAGCCUGCAGCCAGUCAUCUCUGUGGCUGGAUGAAGCCAGGCAGUGCCUCGGGCUUGGGGGUCAGGAUAUUUUGCACAUAAACAGAUGCUGAGUAUUUAUCAUGUAUCGUCUAGCCUUCUGUCAUUUAGCCUGUGCCUCAUUGUUUCAUUUAGGAGUAUAUCAACAAUCAGUGUGACUGUCACUCAGGGUCAUCACUGAAUCAUUUAGUAUUGUUCCCUUUGGUAUCAGGAUUUCUAUCAUGUAGUAUUUGUAUUAUUUAAUGUUGAUAUCAAUUUUUGUUACCGCUGGCAUUUACUAUUGUGUUAGUUUAUACCAUUCUUACCCAUUGUAUUAUCAUGGGUAUCAUCUAAUAAAUGUUUUCAACAAUGUC